AUGCAAGAGUUCGAGGCGUACAAGAGAUACGAAGCAUCCAUUGAUGCCCUUGACUUGGACCUUCACAGCGGAGGUGACGGGUGGGUAUCCAUCGAAGACUACCCGCAGGUGGUUGAUACCUGGGGCAAAAAUAAGCGGGAGUGGGACAAGUUGGAAAGGGGCGGUCCGUUUCCCUAUGAUGAUGGAAUGUUCUCAUUCUUCCUAUCCUGA